AUGGCUUCAACCUCUAUGCAAAUCGACAAAACUUCAGUUGAAUCACCACAAAUUCCCUCACUAGAAUCUCUAUUAAGAAAUUCCGCAAAACGUACACGUGCAAUGUUUCUAGAAAGAACAAACAUUUCAGACUCGGUUACGGUCUUGGAGGUAGAAGAAAGUCAACGGGUAAAACUUCGCGUAAAGCUUAACGAUGAAUACCAUGACGUACAAGAGUUACCACCAGCGGUAUUGGCACAACAGGGCAAAGUAACGCGAUCACAAAAGCAACAACCCGCCAAUAUUGAAGGACCUAUAGAGAAAUCGACCGCAUCCAGUAAAAAUGGAUCAAAUAAUAAAGUAUUGCAAAUAAGUGGAGGUCAUCUUUUUCCUUCUGCACCUGGUGUUACUCUCUCUAACGAAACUGCCAUUGAAGCUGAAGUAUCAGAGAGUAGUAUUUCGCGUCUAAUUGAUAGUCUACCACCGACAAAAGCACAAGAAGAAGCCGCAAAACAUGCUCAUGGUGUUAUUGCGAUAAGACAAAAAGCUGGAUUUAGAGCUGGACCAGAGGCAAGCACCGGAUCUCUUAUUCGACGUCAAACGCCAAAGUCAGUAAAACCGGGAUGGCAUGCACCCUGGGUACUAAUGAGAGUUAUUAGUGGACAUUUGGGUUGGGUGAGAUCAGUCGCAGUAGAACCAGGUAAUAAAUGGUUCGCCACCGGAGCUGGGGAUAGGACGAUUAAGAUAUGGGAUUUAGCUUCUGGCACUUUGAAGGUAACUCUUACAGGUCAUAUUUCGACUGUACGUGGCUUAGCAGUCUCGCCACGGCAUCCAUAUCUAUUUUCAUGUGGCGAAGAUAAGAUGGUAAAAUGCUGGGAUCUCGAACAAAAUAAAGUUAUUCGACAUUAUCACGGGCAUUUAUCGGGAGUCUAUUCUUUAAGCUUGCACCCUACAUUAGACGUAUUGGUUACCUCGGGAAGAGAUGCUACUGCAAGGGUUUGGGAUAUGCGUACAAAACAAUGUAUCCACGUUUUGGCUGGUCAUAACACAACCGUUGCCGAUGUAAAAUGUCAAGAGGCCGAUCCACAAGUAAUAACGGGUUCAAUGGACUCCACCAUUCGUCUUUGGGAUCUCGCUGCGGGAAAAACGAUGGCUACCCUUACACAUCAUAAAAAAUCUGUACGCGCUCUCGCAUUGCAUCCUAGCGAAUUCACCUUUGCAAGUGGAAGUGCGGAUAAUAUAAAGCAAUGGAAAUGUCCAGAAGGAACUUUUAUGCAAAAUUUUGAAGGGCAUCGUGCUAUCAUUAAUACUCUUACAGUAAACGCAGAUAAUGUUUUAUUUUCUGGAGCUGAUAAUGGUUCAAUGUCAUUCUGGGAUUGGAAAUCCGGGUACAGAUUCCAAACUAUGGAUGUAACUGUACAACCUGGAUCUCUUGAAUCUGAGGCGGGUAUUUUCGCGUGUACUUUUGAUCGUACGGGCUUGCGAUUGAUUACUUGCGAAGCUGACAAAACGAUAAAAGUGUAUAAAGAAGACCCAAAAGCUACUCCAGAAACGCAUCCUAUUGAUUGGAAACCUUCUUUGGUGCGGACGCGUUAUUAA